CCUCAAAAAAAAAUCGGCACUUGUCCCACGCUUGUGUCGCAUUCACGGAAAAGCCGAGCAGCUUAGCGCUACAAUCGAUGAAGCCUCAGUCCACCAGAACCUGCUUGAGUUGAGCUGAAGAGCGUCGGUCUACCAAUCCUGCACGAGAUUUACGUCAGGUGCGCCGGUACUUACCUUCAGCGGUUGGACCUCCGAUCUUCAGACUUUAGAAGGCCCCCGUCACUUCCUGACUCCACUGGAGACUUCAAUACCCAGCAUGCCUCACUCCCUCCAGCAGAAAAAAGCCCAGCAAAUGUUGCUGCUGUGCCAGGGAGCCGACGGGACGAGAAAAGAGGGGGAAUCCCUGCUUUGGAAUCACCACAAGCAAAGUUUCCACGAAGUCUGCAAGAUGUCUUGCGCAGCAGACAGCUGCAUACAGUUCACGCGCCACGCCAGCGACGUUCUGCUCAACCUGAACCGCUUGCGGAGUCGGGAUAUUCUCACCGAUGUCACCAUCCUGGUCAACAGGCAGCAGUUCCGUGCUCACAAGACGGUUCUCAUGGCUUGCAGUGGGCUGUUUUACACCAUCUUCACCGACUCCCACAAGUGCAACCUUAACGCAAUCAGCCUGGACCCGAAAGUGGACCCGGAGGGCUUCGCCAUCCUGCUGGAGUUCAUGUACACGUCCCGUCUGACGCUCAAGGAGAGUCUGAUCAUGGCCAUUAUGAACACUGCCAUCUACCUGCAGAUGGACCAUGUGGUGGACACCUGUCAUAGAUUCAUCAAAUCCAGUGAUCCGACUGCCAAGCUUCCCAGAGAUGAGUUCCUGGUCAGUCCUCUAGUUUUGUCUCAGGACAUCCACGCGUAUCGCCCUCAUGAUGUGGUUGAUACUUUGCACAGCCGCAUGGCUCCGUUCAGGGAUGCGAGACCUUAUAGCGCCACCGUGCUCAACGGAGUCAGCACACCCAGCAACUACCAUCUCUAUGGGCAGUUCCCCAUGCCAGGAUUCCCUUUCCCUCUCUGCAAGCUGACAGAUGCCAAAAACACAUUUGCAGACCUCUCUCGGAGCGGGAUUCACCACAAGCACCCUCUCGACGGUGCCGCCGUCAGCAGGGCUGAGUACGCCCGAGCGGUUGGUUCCUCCGCAUCCUCCAGCAUCCUUCAUGCCACCAACUUCGCUCCCAGGGAGGUGGGGCGAGAUGAAGAUAUGAGGAAGGAAAGCCACGAGGGAAUCAACCUUCCCGUUGGCCUCAGUGCGAGGAAGCGCGUCUUCCCCGUGUUGACCCUGGAGCACCACAAAGACAAAGACCACACUCCGCCGGCUGAGGGGGAGCUGAUCCAUCAUCACUACCCACUUGGAAUCUCCGCUGCUGGACGCAAGAGCCUCAUGAGCAGCCCGCAAAGCCCACUCAAAUCGGACUGCCAGCCAAACUCCCCGACAGAGUCUAGCAGCAGCAAGAAUGCCGGUCUCUCGCAGGCGGCCUCAGGCGCCCAGGCUCCGCCGGGUACUCAGGACCCCAAAGCUCGAAACUGGAAGAAGUACAAGUUCAUAGUGCUGAACCAGAGCGCAAAGGAGGAGGAGGCCAGCCUGCGGGACCCUGGGUUGUGCUCCCCUCAGCGCCUCGGCCUGCAGUCGUAUCUACAUCCCGGGGACUCUGAGAAUCUUGAGUCCCAAACCACAAGGAAGAGUAUCGAGGAUCAUCCUGUACCGCAGACCAGCCGGCUUAACAACAUCAUCAGCAGUGCACUGGAGGGGUCACUGCGAAAUGUCGAGGGUCACCCGUCACGCUACCUGAACCGCCUCAACUGCUCAUCAUGCGGCUCCCAGUCUCCGCAGCACUCUGAAGUCUGCCCAUCCAGGUCACGAUUGGCUGAGGACAUGGCCGAACUUCACUCCGAGUAUUCUGACUCCAGCUGUGAAAACGGCACCUUCUUCUGCAACGAAUGCGACUCAAAGUUCGCCGAAGAGGAAGCGCUCAAGCAGCACACGCUCCAAGUCCAUAGCGACAAGCCGUACAAGUGCGACCGCUGCCAGGCCGCCUUCCGCUACAAGGGGAACCUCGCCAGCCACAAGACUGUCCACACCGGAGAGAAACCGUAUCGCUGCAACAUCUGUGGUGCUCAGUUCAACAGACCAGCCAACCUCAAGACUCACACUCGCAUCCACUCAGGAGAGAAGCCAUACAAAUGCGAGACCUGCGGGGCUCGUUUUGUACAGGUUGCCCAUCUCCGCGCCCACGUUCUUAUCCACACGGGCGAGAAGCCAUACCCUUGCGAGAUCUGCGGGACGCGCUUCCGUCACCUGCAGACGCUGAAGAGCCACCUGCGCAUCCACACCGGCGAGAAGCCCUACCAUUGUGAGAAAUGCAACUUGCACUUCCGCCACAAGAGUCAACUACGACUGCACCUGCGGCAGAAACACGGCGCCAUCACCAACACUAAGAUCCAGUACCGCGUGUCUGCCGUCGACAUGCCCACUGACCUGACCAAGGCCUGUUGAGCCCGCCCUUGGGAGGGGCAUCGCUGUGAGGACAGAGGCUAACUUGACCCGCCUCCCUUUUGACGUGUACAAUCAUCCAAAACGUUAGUGCCACACUGUGUUCAUUGGACAAAUCAAAUUGGCCGUGUUACGCCACGCUUGUAAAACAAAUGAAAAACGGGUUUCCACUUCAUGUGAACGUAGAGCCGCAGCCGGCAUCUUAGUCACUUUAUGGUUUCUAUAUGAAUAGAUCUAUAUAAGUAUGUAUGUACGUGUUUCUAAGCUUUGAAGGUACCCAUAUAAAGCUUUAUUUUGUCGAAGAACGGAAUGUAAAAAAAAUUGUGAUUUUUAAGGUGAAAAAAAAAACAGUAUUUUAUAUCAGAGAAAUUACUUUUCUGAGAAUAUUGACUGACGGGUGGUACGUAUAUUUUAAAAAUAACACGUGUACAGAUUCAUCUAUACAUUUUUAAGUGGAAAUGUGAGAAGAGGUCUUGGGUUUUGUCCGUUAAAAAAAGAAAAAAAACAUAUCAGAGAAGCGCUGCUGUCUGACUGCUUAUGCAUGAGCUGCUCCCUUGAGGGCGACUGUACUAUAAACAUUGUGACAUACUAUUGUGUAUUUAUACAUAUCUGUGGGAUUGUCCUCUGCUGGCAGAGCCAAUCAUGGAUGUUAAAAUUGCAUUUCAAGGUUUGUUAUGACUGAGAAAAUAUUUUGCUUCUAAUGUAUUUGUAUAGUUGUGUUUUUUGUUCUUUUUCUUUUCUUUUGAAGGUUUACAGUUCUGGUCGUUGUUAUCUAUCCUGGCGUACAGUUGUGUAAUUGUUGCUUUGUACAUACACUGUGGAUUCAAUGUGCCUUUUCUCCAUGGCGACAGAAUUCCUCUCCAGCUCUGUUAAGGUACAACACCCUCCCUUCUGUGUGUAUGAAUGUGUGUGUGUUUUUUCAAUGCUCGUCACCAACCUGAAAAACAUGCAAAAUACUUCACUGUAAAUUUUCAGGACAUGUUUUUGGAUUGGAUUUUCUAUCUGAAUUGAGACUAUUGUACAAUGUCCUUGAUGUAUGAAUGUAAAAUAAAGGUAAUGGAUUUCUAUGUAUCCACACGAGCGG